AUGUCGAACUCCCCUCGUGGGGAAGGCCUUGAUGCGCCUGCGAGGAACAAGGCGCGGACGCGAACGGGCUGUUGGACUUGCAGGCGCAGGCGGAAGAAGUGUAAUGAACUUCGACCGGUUUGUGGCAACUGUUUACGGAAAGGUGCCGCUUGCGAGUGGGGUGUCAGGUUGUCCUUUCGCGACGAGAACAUCCGGACGGUACCGCAGAGCCACCCGUCGAUGCGACGAAGCACCCCUGAUCGAAUGCAGCAGGUCAUCGACGUGACCAACGAAGUGAUCCGAGACUAUUGGAAUGAUGUCCAGGCGGCCGAGAGUCCCAACGAAAACAGCACCGCUAGCAGGAAUGAAACCUACCACAGCGGCGCUUGCAAUAAAUACAGCUCCCAUCACCACAGCCAUGGUGACGUCGAUGCUGCCAGCAGGGACACGACGGCGAUCGACUCAGCUCCAAGCCCUCAGCGACCGACAUCCCGCCCUUCACCCACGCUGCACCGCUCGAGUCUCGGAACUUUUGGAGACGGCCCAUCAUUUGAUACAUCGGGAGGCGCGAUGGAUUCUGGCUUUGGGGUCGUCAGCAAUGACAGCCCUGCAAGUGUAGACACGCCGCACUCUCACGACCUGGUCCAGUUGGCAGCUGUGCAGCUCCUGGAUUUGGGCGCGGGACUACCUGCCGUAAUGACCCCGAUGAUCGAUUCUCGGCCUCCGCAAACCCAGGUUGGGAGCCAGCUUCUACCGCCCCUUUCUCAAAUAGAAGGUAUCCCGGAAGCAGCCGGCAUCGCCCCAGGACAUCUGUUUGUCGACGAUGGUAUCUUUCUGCCAGGAUCUGCCUAUCUCGAACUUCAUUCCGUCCUGCGCAAUCAUAUAUUCGACACUGCCCGCUCCACAUAUCCUAGCAGGUGGCCCACACCGAGCCCGCCAUGCGGCGUUGACGAGGCGCCCGAAGAGCACACACAGCAGACCAGCCACGCACCGGCGCUGACUACGGGUCAGACAGAGCAAACUUCGCAUUCGUCCAGUACAACACCAAAUUACAUCGAAUUGACGAAGCAGGAGGAGUUCGUGCUGUGGAAGAACUGGGUUGACGAGAUCUCUCCGUGGCUCGACAAAUUUGACAAAGAAUGUCACUUCCAAAAAAAAUUGCCGGCCCUGGCAAAGCUCCACUCCCAUGUACGAUUCUCCAUGCUCGCCCUCUCUGCGCGCCAGCUCGAGAGGAAAUACCCGGAGCGUUCGUCAUCGGCCAGCUUGGCGCUUUACCAAGAGGCCGUACAUCAGCUGGUACCACAGCUGCAGACAAGGUCGACCGCCGUGGCCGCAUCGUGCGUUGUUUUGUGUGUCCUGGAAAUGAUGAGUUGUUCGCCUCAGAUGUGGCGUCGCCAUUUGGACGGUUGUGCCUGUCUGAUCCAGUCCCUCGGAAUCAACGGAUUCUCUGGAGGAUUGGAGCAAGCUUUGUUUUGGUGCUUUGCUCGGAUCGACGUUUGCGGCGGUCUCAUCUCAUGCGAAUCAACCCUUAUCCCCUGCGCAGGCUGGACGCCGAGGAUGUCGCUGGCGGAUGCCGCUGAGCUUUUCCGCCGGACACCCGGCUGUGAUAUGUACGCCAACCUCGUCGUCUUCCUCUGCGCCCAGGCUUUGGAACUGUUUGCGUGCGAUGACUCGGAAGCAGAAUUUACUCGCCGCUGGAACGAUCUGUUUGUCUUCAUUGAGGAAUGGUACAUCCAACGACCACCCGAGAUGCGGUCCAUCCUGAGCCGGCCGGCGGCCACCGACGAGGACGCUUCCGUAUCCCCAUUUCCGACCCUACUAUUCUCCAACCCUCCUGCCAUCUCCGGAAAUCAGCUCUACCACACAGCAGCAAUACUGAUGCUGCAGAGAAAGCCCCGCCGCGCGGUGCCGCCUCCCAAAACGCGUCCGAUCCUGUGGCACGCGCGAAGGAUAUGCGCCAUAUCGAUAUGCAACACGCACCAUGGCUGUUGGACGAAUUCUAUACAGCCGUUAUGGAUUGCCGGCCAGGUCAUGUCGCACCAUGCCGAACACCGAGCGAUACUGGACGUCUACCAGAGGAUUGAAAAGGAAACAGGCUGGGGAGCCAAUUGGAGGGCAAAGGACCUACGAUCACACUGGGCACAACUGGACGAAGGUUAG